UCUGUAACUACCGUUUCACCAACAUCAGUUUUAAUUUUGGUGAUUGACUCGGUGAUUGAUAAAUAAAGUUGUUCGAACGAACGUAUUUUUCUAGUAAAAGCUAAAAUGAAGAGAUUGUUUUGUUUAUUUGUUGUGGCGUUGGGCCUAACUAUUGUGGUCGGUCAAGAAGUGGUUAAUCAAAUAGUGGAUGGUCCUUGUUCACGUUUUCAAGUCGGCAAUCAGCAACCAUUUUUUAAGAAACUGUACACCGGUACGUGGUACGUGUAUGCUACUUAUGACUAUGCCGAUAUUGCAGGACUCGAUUGCCUAGUCGCAUUCCAUUCGUUGACCCCAGACGGUAAUGUGAGAAAUACAGAACGUGGAAAAAAUCUUGUGACUAAUGCACGCAGCUCGUUUCAGAGCACUUUUUACUUUACUCAACCAGGUGUCGGACAUUACUUACACGAUAGCACAGACGCUACUGCAGAGAAUCUUCAAAUACCCGUCAUCGAUUACAUGAACUAUUUCAUCGAAUUUAGUUGCAGCGAUUUACCUGAUGGAAAAGCUGACUGCUACAUUGCGGCAUUUACACGAACUCCAUUCCCUGGACCAAUUGUUGUGAAUCUAAUCAACGCUUAUUUCAAUGCACAUAACAUCGACAGAACGAAAUUGAGAUAUGUCAACCAUGACAAGACCAGAUGUAUUUUUUAAUUGCAAAUUAUUUACAAUAAAUUGCAUAGA